AUGGACUCUACGUCGGCUUCCGCUGAGCAAGCUCUAUGCCAGCAAUGUCGUCUCAUGUUCUCUGAGCAAGGGUUCAAACAACUCUUCUCAUCUGCAGGCUUCUUUCACUCGACCCUGGACACAUUCGAGAACCGUCAGAAUUGCCGACUCUGUUGCUACGUCUGGAGCGAGAACAUUAUUGGCGAUUCUAGCCAGUCGCAUAAUGUUCGAGCGCUUCGCGACUUGGUUAUUUCGACAUCUACAUACAACUUUGCCGGUCGGAAUGCCGUCCAAGCUGCACGGUCUCUGGUAUUCUUCAGAGCUGUUGGGACGUCUUCCAAGGAAUGGGAAGGUCUAGCGCUGCGAGUUGAGUCCUCAAAGCGACGGAUGCAGUGGGAGCCUUUUAAUCACUUGCGAGUAGUGGUGUCGGCAGACGAUCCCUUAGCCAUAUGUACUGUGCUUCGGCCGGCCGCUGGGACAACGAUUACCCAAGAGUCAGCGGCUGGUUUCAAAGCUAUGCUUGCGAACUGUGAGCAACAUGACCAUUGCCCACCCUUGCGCCCAAAGCCCCUCCCGACCAGAGUCAUUCACAUUGGACAAGAGCGGCCUUUUCCGAAGGUACAUCUCCAUGUCACGCCGAAACAUGGCCAAGUUGGACAAUACGUUGCCCUAAGCUACUGCUGGGGAGGCCCACAGCAGGUCAGAUUGACGACGAAUAAUCUUCAAACCUUCCAAGCUGGCGGCUUAGAUGGCCUUGCUCUGCCUCAGACGCUUCAAGAUGCUAUUCUCACAACCCAGUACAUGGGGUUCGAAUUUCUCUGGGUAGAUGCCUUGUGCAUCAUCCAGGAUGACGAUGCCGACAAGCAGCACGAGAUCGGCCGGAUGUGUUCGAUUUAUGAAGACUCGGCCUUGUGCAUUGCGGCAGCGACAAGUAGCUCAGUCAAUGAUGGGUUUCUCAAGCCCACCUCAACGUUCAGCGAAAUAUACCCUUCAUGUGAGAUACAGGUGCCAAUACCAAACAACCGCCGUCAUGGAACAUUAACAUUAGUGCCUCCGCAUUCACAACAGACGGGCCAUUUCCCUAUCAACAAGAGAGGAUGGACGUUUCAGGAAGCGCUGAUACCUCCGCGCUUGCUGGUAUUCGGGGAUCUUGAACCCUUCCUGCGGUGCAGAAGCAGGGAUGCGUCGCCCAUCUCAAGGUCUUUUGUCAAGUAUCCCCCUACCCGGAUUCAGCCGAGACGUGUUGUGCAUGAUAGUGUGAACUCUGGGUACGACCGAGACCAUGAUCCUCGAAAUGUUUGGCGUACAGUGGUGGAAGCGUAUACACUCCGCCAUCUCAGCUUUGCAGAGGAUAGGCCGCUUGCUGUUCAAGGCGUUAUUGAUUUUCUCAGCAAGACCUUUGUGGAUCAGUGUUAUUUUGGAGUCUGGAAAUCAUUCCCGGUAGGAUGCCUUUUGUGGACCGUCGGGAGAGGUCGGAAGUCGGUACGCAUUCCAAAACUCCCAACCUGGAGCUGGAUGUCUGUCACAGGCGAGGUUGACAUGGAUCAACUGGAAUUCCUUGGGAGCGAUGCGGGCGAGGCUUUGGUCAAGUUUGAUAACGCCCCGCCCCAUGAUCGGCUCCAUCUGACAUGCUCAAUUCUCAACGAGGCCGAAGUACGUCGGUUUAACUGUGUGAAACGAGACUGGCCGGAUAUGGUGGAAGAAGAAGAGCAGGGCAACGUCGGGGUUGAGGAUGACUCGCAAACCAAAACGGCGUCAGUGGACGCCAAGGGCUGCCAAGAAGGUUUGGUCCGUUAUUUGCUUGUCAUGAGCAAGUCGUACGAUGGCAGAAUCCAAGCUCUUGUCGUUACACGCCAUAAGGACAAUAUGUACCAGCGAUGUGGGCUCGUGGAGAUUAAGUCUUCAAACAAGUGGCUUUCCGUACCCAAGAAGGAAAUUUUCCUUGUGUAA